AUGGCUACUCUUUCUCGUCAGCCUUUCGCCCCCCUCGACGCAGCCCGUUUGCAGGGCUUGACAAGCCUGAAGAACAGACAGAAUGUCGUCCCCCCUUCCAACACCAAACGCAAGGCUGAGCUCCUUCAUCCGGAUGAUUCUGAAAAUGUCGAUCCCGUCGUCUUUGCCAAGCGCACCAAAGGCGCCUCGGGCACCCCGACCAAGGAUGUGCUGAGGAAGCCCGCAUCAUACCUCGUCACCAGAGCCGCCGCCACGCCCAGUGCCAACCUCGGGCCCUUGGUCAGCCCUGUCAAGCCUUCUUCCACGGCACCUCGAAGAACCCUCCAGCCCAAGUCUCCCAUUGCCAAGCUCAACACCCGCAUCACCAGGUCGUCGCCGAGUUCUGCCCCCGCUGGCCGUUCGCCAACUCGUGGAAAGAGAUCUGGCAUCCUUUCCAACCGACGACAGUCCGCCGGCCCCUGCACCUCUGUGAACCCCCCAUCCUUCUCCCUCGACUCUGCUGCUCCCUUUUCACUCGACGCCGCUCUCAAGGGCACUAUUGCCAGCUAUGCUCCCCGUCCUCGCUCCAAUGCCCUCUCGCGAGGCAGCACCAGCACUUCGUCUCUCGGUGAGCUCGAUGCCAAGGCCGGCUGGUUCUUUGAUAUCCACGAGGACACCCCGGAGCAGGAAAUGACCAACCUUCUCCAGCACAGCACAUGUGUCUUGGACAUUUCAUCAGACGAGGAGAGUAAGAAAAGGGCAAGCCGAGAAAAUGCCGAAGGCCGUGACAAGGAGAACAUCCCUCCUGUCGAUGAUGUAUCUCAGACAUCUGUCCGACGCGCUCGCGCUCGCACUCUUGCUGCUGAUGACAUGGCGGUGGACAAGGAGAGAGUCGCACUUGGCGAGAUGAAGACUGCCGACUUUUAUGCCGACGGCUGCGACGAGUCAUCUGUGAUUUUUGUGCCUGCAGAUGAUGAAGACCAGGAGAAGAGCCCGGAAAAAGCACCCGCUAUGGAAGAUUGCGCUUCCAUACCCGGCACGUUGAAGCGCGGUCCUGCCAGCAAGGAAAUCGACGAGCUCAUGGCCAAGUCCGAGUCUCCCUUGAAAGCGGCCGUGCUGCGGCCCAUUGAGGGUACCGGAGAGAGUUUCGAUCUGUGGGAGAGCGGGAGCGCAAAGGAUGAAAGCGAGCUCUCAUGA